AGAACACCCUAAAAUAAGCAAACAAAGCACACAUGAACACCCUUUCCUCUUUCACUUUAAAGAAACAAAAACUCAAAUCAAAGCAAUCAUCAAUUCAUCAUCAUAUCUUCCCAUCUCUCCAAUCUCACAAACUCAACUACAAUGAAUCUGUCUGAAACACACACAAAAGGCCCCACCACAACUAGUGUUCAUGUCACAGCUCUUGAUGGGCUUGUCAAUGUCAACUCCCUCUUCACCAUUGCUGUCUUUGUGGGCCUUUCUCUCACAACUCCAAACCAAAAAUCCCUGGAAAACAAGUCAUCUUGUGAUGCAGGCAAUGAGGUUGUCAAGAAGCUUCUUGUGUUCGAAGUUGUGUCAUUCAGUUUCUUUCUGUUUUCUUCAUUGGUGGCUCAAGGCCUUAAACUGGCUAUCAAUCUUUUAAACAGUAAAGAUGUGGAUGAGGCUUUCAGGGCUCAUAUUAGUGUUAAGGUUUUGAGGUUUGGGAUGAUGGGGUCUGCUGUUGGGUCAGUGAUGGGGUGCUUGUUCUUGAUGCUUUCGAUGGUUAAUGUGAUUCAGAUUAGGCUAGGGAUGUUGUCUUGUGGGAGUCGACAGACGGUUCAGUCUGUCGCUGCUUUGAUUGUUUUGGUUAAUUCUGCUCUUGCAGUUUAUAUAUCUACUGCUGUUUAUGCUUUUCUGCAUUGAUUUUCAAAGUGAAUAUUGAAAUUUGCCGUUUAAUGCA